AUGUCGAAAGAUUCAUUACCAACAACAAAAGUAACUAUUAACAAGGAAAAUCAUAGUGCUGCAAUUCGAAAGCAUCAAUAUGAUUUCAUAGGUGAAAUAGAAGAACUUGAACGUGAAGCAGAUAAACAAUCAGUAGAAGUUGAACUUAGUGAUUAUAUUGAAUUUGUUUCUCAACUUGUUGAUCUAUUUAAACAUACUGUUAUUAUACCUGAACUUCAAUCUAAACAUAAUUGGCAUGAUCAUGUUGGAGAUCAUCUAAAACGAAAUAAAGGAAUUACUGGUAAUAGUCUUCUUGAUGAUAAAAUCCAACAAAUUGUUAUUGAAAAAGGUUUAACCAAAGAACAAUGGAAACGUCUUCUUUAUAUAAAUUUUACUGCAGGUGAUACAUUAGAAAUGAUAAAAGUUAGCAAAAGUCAUUUAAAGAAGGUUCAUGAUAUGACAACACGUUUACUCGUAGGUGAAGAACAAACACCUGUAUUAGCUCUCAUUCAUGCUAUUGAAAAGCAUAUGCCAAAAAGUCACUUUACUGAAAGAUAA